AUGGAGUACAAACAUUUCAGCCAUCCACACACUCUUAAACUCCAACAGAUUCAGACAAACAAAGCCUCAGAUUCUUCAGUUAUCUGCUCAGGCUGUGAAUCAAACAUCUCUGAAUCUGAAACCGCAUAUAUCUGUUCAACAUGUGACUUCAACCUUCAUGAGCAAUGUGGAAACGCAGCUCGUGGGAUGCAACACCCUUCCCACGCGGGGCUCCACCACUUGACUCUAGUCCCUUACACAACUUACAGCGCCGGUACCUUCCUCUGCAGAGCCUGUGGCUGCAUUGGAGGUAAAGGGUUCUCUUACUGUUGUCCUUUGUGUGACUUUGACCUCCAUGUUCAAUGUGCGCAUUUUCCUCAGCUCAUGGUUAAUGAGUCUCAUCCUCUUCAUAGCCUUCUUCUUGUCUACAACAGUGCUCCUCCUGCUAUGUCUUUUACUCAGUUUCCUGGUUACACCAAUCAGCUUCUCUGCAAUCUAUGUAAUGUUGCCAUGGAUGGUAGGUUUUGGUCUUAUAACUGCUAUGCUUGUAACUAUCAUGUUCAUGCUUCAUGUGCUGUGAAUAAGACUAAGACACUGGCUGCUUCUGCUGCUGAGAAGUGUGGGACGAGUGAUGAAGGAAAGACAGUGAACGCCAAAUCUGUUCUUGGUGAGGGUGUGGAGACUGAGCAGACGGAGCAAGUAGCUGCAACAACAGAGCAAGUGAAAGAUCCAGUUUUGAGGCAACAGCUUGAACUUCAGAAGCUUCAGCUUCAGCUAGAAUUGAGUUCUGCUCUCGCAAACAUGAUGGGUUCCUUCAAUCUCAGUUCUUUCGUUUGA